AGAGGACGUUCGUACAGUGAAUGUGGAAGGAUGUUCUUCAGUGGGUUAUCUUCCCGCUCGCCGCUCGGCCGGAAAACAGGAAACUCAAUUAAUGCGGCAUGCCGGAGAUGGAAGAAGACGGCGAAUAAGGAAAGCAAUCAACUCCUAGCGCACAACUACCACCUGACCAGGUUCCAUGUAUCUGUGGCAUCUCUUUCUCUAUAUAUGCAUUCAGCAGCGAGAGGGAUGGCGAAACCCUCAUCCCUUCGAUCACGAUGCCUUCCUCCCGCUCCUCCGCUUCACGCACUGGCCAAAUCCACUUGCGAGGGCCGAAGAAGCCCUACUCGUGUCCCAGUGCCGAACUGGUCGCCGGAAACGACGACCUCCUGAAGUAAAUCCUGAUCCGUCUACCAAUAAAGACACUGUUCCGAUUCAUGCUCGUCUCCUGGAGGUGGUGCCAUCUAAUUUCCAGUCCUCAGCUCAUUCUAGAUUGGAAGCCUCCGAAAUCUGCUUCCUCGUUUUUCUUCCGAAGGUACUCUGCUCUCGAGUCUGACAGAAUCAAGUUUAAUUUCGUUUCCCUCAAUGAGCCCCUACCGAACCGUCGUAGACCCAUGAUAUCACUUGAUUUCGUAAGUGAUCCUUCAGGGAUAAAAAUUUCCCAGUCCUGUGGUGGCUUGUUGCUUUGCUCUUCCUCUAGUUCCAUGAUGGAUUCUGAUGACACUCGUUACUACGUUUACAAUCCUACGACAAAACGAUAUACCGCCAUCCCUAGGCCUCGCAGUUCCCGUGAACAAUAUAACGUUAUACUCUCCAUGAACUUGGCAUUUGAUCCAUCUGUGUCUCUUCAUUACAAAGUACUUUGUGUGUGCUCCAAUGGUUCGCCUAGUUCUCCUCAUAAGACUGACGUUUAUUCAUCUGACACUGGAAAAUGGGUCCUGUCCACUGCAUCAUUUGAUGAUUCUUGUGGUGCACUAUUUGAAAAUGGCAUCUUCCUGAAUGGCAAGAUCCACUGGCCUUCUUGCUCGGAAACUUCAAUUUAUUAUGAUCUCAAUCGUGCUAAAGUGCUGCAAAUGCCUAUGCCUAUGCCUGUUUCCUGGUCAGGAGGGCUGCGACGUUUCGAGGAGUCCGGAGGUCGUUUGUUGUUUGUUUCCUUUUCUGAACCUCGCAAUACACAGUUUGAUGUGUUUGAGAUGCAGAGAGACUAUUCUACGUGGUUUCUGAAAUAUCGUGUUGACCUUCAAGUGGGUGCAGCGGCAUUUCCGGGGUUGUUAUCUUCUCCAUAUCGUGAUUGUGAUUUUGACUCAAUAGUUCUUCGCCCCUGGAUGACCAUCCAUCGGUGCAUGGAGACGCUGUCUUAUGGGGAUGUUGGUUAAAAGCUCUACAGCAUAUGUUGCUUAUUGGUCAAAGAUAUCAGCACUUUGUUGGAAUCAGCCAGUUCAUAUAACUAGCAGGUACACAAGUAAUGUACCCUUGCUUCUGCAAUUGUUAAAGUUUGAAUAUCAAGCACGAUAACACUUCAAGUCUUAGAGCUGCCACUUAUCAGUUAAGCUUAGGUUUAUACCUUGUAUAGUCAUAUAGCACCUGUAAUGGUGCCUGUUCAAACUCUUAAGUAGUGACAUACUGGUCAUGUUUCUUUUUCUAUUUCUGGAAUUGGUCAAAAGUAUGACAUCAGAGGUCCAAGUGCUGCAUUGAAUGUAAUUGAGAUGCUACUUGCUAAGUAUAUUCCCCUUAGAGGAAGCAUUUUUUUUUUUUUUGGGGAGGGGAGCGAAGGUGGGGAUGACCAGUACAUCUGUAUGUUAGAUGUAGUUAUUGGACAAAACUAUGACUGUUGAUUAAUGUUGUGAGAUAGUUAUCCAAGUGCAAUCAUCCCCCAUGAGGGGUUCCUUUUUUCCCAGGAAUCUUGAAGUGGAUUCGUGCAUGGUCUUGUACAUACCGGGUACGCUCAUAUCCUAUAACUUCAAGGACGGGAGUUUUAGGGAGGUCUUUGAUUUGAAGCUGCAUCCUAGUGAUUUGUUAGGACUUUGCCCAUGGUUCACAAUGCAUCCCUGCACAGAGACCUAUUUUAUGUCUGAUGCUAUCUUUUGGCAAGUUCUCCCUGUUUCUUCUUUAAACUUUGUUUCAGAACUGAUUUUUCUCUCAUUUGGUUAAGAAUAUCUUUACCUUUCCUAGUUGAAAAUUUCAAUUGAUUGUAAAUUUAUGUGUCUUAAAUAUGAUGGUUUCUGACAUCAUGCAUGUGCUAUAUCUGAUAAUGCAUAUUACUUCCUGUUUGAGCUUAAGACUACCUAGCUAAGAAUAUAAGACAUUCUAUACUAGAUAAUGAUGUGAUGCACUACAACAAGUUUAAUGGUUGCAACCAAUCACAACCCUACAUAUCUUAAUAAUCACCACAAAGUAGAUUUGUGUAGGGUUGAUGAAUUUAAUUCUUAGUGUUGAGGAGUUAACUUUAGAAACAUUGUCUCCUUGUGGAUGGCAUGUGGAUUCUGUACCUAUGAUUGUAUUCAUCAGUGCAUAUGCGUUUAGACCUUUCAUGUUUUGUACUUCUUAAAGCUAUUUUUUUGCUUUUGGUUAUCAACUCUUGCUUUCUUUGUCUCUUAAUUAUACAAGAGAUCAGGCCAUCCAAGAUAUAGUAAUUUCACUUGGUUUUAAGUUGAAAUUUCCACAAUGGUAUGUUAAAGUUUGUGAGAUGCUUUAUUUAUGAACUUUUUGCCCAAACUGGUUUGUCAUCAAUUAGGUGAAGUAAAAUUAGUGGCUGAGCAAAUAUCUCUCGGAAAAUGAUCCUAGCUCAAAAAAGAAAAAACAUGUUUGAUAUUUACAAAAACAAAAUGAGAUUUUAGGUAAGUAGGCAAAAUCUAUUGCAAGGGUUGAGUGUGUUUUGUAUAAGGAUAAUUAUAUUUAUGCUCAUCAUGAUCAUCAACUCCUCUUUAUCCUAAGCAAGUUAGAGUUGGUGGCAUGGCAUUCAUAUUGUCAAUUGACUUAUAAAAGUGACAUUAACAAUGCAAAUCUAUGCAAUAGAACAAAUUUUACAUUGGAUAGCCUCCUCUACUCAAGUGGCUAGUCUAUUCUUAGCUGUUGCUGCUACCAUCUUUUUUAAUAUGUUUUGUUUGCUGAUGCUUUUGGAUUAAAUUAUUCAGAGCUACUGGUUACUCUGUGCCUUUGUGGGCAUGUAAGGGGUUGAUUGUAGCAACCCGCUAAAUAGCUGUGAUAUCAGGAAAGAAAUCUCUGCCUUGCUAAUCAAAAGCAUGAUCAUUUAUUUCAUUUUCUUGGUGGUCAAUUUACUGUUUCUUUACGUUGUAAGAAAUUUAGGUUAUCUGAACCUUACAAUAAAUGUCUUGAUGCUAAUUAAUAUCUGCCUCAUGUUCCUUUUACUAUGCUUAUACAAGCUCAGGAUGCUAGUGUAUACUGGUCCCCUCAGAGGGAAACCUAGUAUAGCAAACAUUGUAUUGACAAACACCAACAUGUCUUGGACAGUGAGAACUCAAG